CUUGUACUUAAAUUUAUGAAAGUGGACUACACUCUGCUAGGAAUGGUGUCUUCUAAUUGUGUGAAAGUGAUACCGACCGCUCAAAACGAUAAAACCGAGAAUAAAACACAAAAAAUAAUUGUUGGCGAUCAAGAGGGAAUAUUGCAGUUGAUUCAAAUGCGUAAAGGAAAAGUACACAUGUUGUUCAAAACGUUGCCUUUAGAGAAAAUAACCCAAGUCUGUUUAGGUGGAGCUCUCGGGACUGUGCAAGAUAAAAUAUUUGUGUCGAUGGGUUCGUCUGUUCGAGGGUAUACAAAGAAAGGUCAGAUGUUUCUGAGUUUCGACACUGGACUAACGGAACCUGUUAAAUGCAUGUACGUCACCGGAAAUGAACUUUUAGUAUCGGGCAGACACGUUUUUAAUCAUUUUAGCGAUUGCAAAGACAACAGUACCUACUUGUGUCCAGAAACGAUCAAUAGUAUAGUAGCGUUAGAUGUAAUAAAGAUGCAAGGCGUAAUGCCCAUCUUGGCGUGUGCUGAUCUAUGCAUUAGAAUACUUGAAGGAUCGGCGGUGAAAAAAAAAUUUUAUUUGCCGUCAGAGCCUACUUACUUACAUUUGAUGAACAACAAUGGCGGAUCGUAUGGGAAUGAAGUACUGGUCGGAUUACAAAACGGUGUUAUUGUAUUGCUUAAAAUCGAAAAAAAUGCAUCAGUCAACACUCUUUGGGAACUGAACAAGGAAACUAAACAAGGAACUGUGACUUGUAUGGACUGUUACAAUAUUGACGGUGAAGAUCAUCUGUUAGUUGGCCGACAAAGCGGUUCUGUUGAAGUUUAUUCGUUGGAUUCAAACUCAGUGCCUAUUGAAAAAUACAAAUAUAUUUGUUCAGAAAGUGUAACAUCCAUUCAAGGUGGUUCCGUAAGAAUUCAUGGAGUUCCAGAAGUGGUUGUCUCAAGCUUUACAGGUUGGUUAUUUGGUUUGACAUUUGUUGUCCAACAUGUCGACAAAGAAGUUGUUUUAGAAUCGUCAAAUAUAAUAUUAAACGACGACAAACAAAAAAUCGCAGAUAUUAGGACGGAAGUCAGCGAUUUAGAACGUCUAGUCGCAAUUGAGAGAGAGAAAUAUUUAGAAUACACCCAAAAGAGUUCUAGGAUUUCUGUUUUGCCACAAUUAGCUGUCAAAAAUACAAUGCUUUUGGAUCCAGAAAAUAUAACGUAUCAUUUGAUAAUCGAAUUGGAAGCCACUAUUGACAAUGUUUUAUUACAAUGUAACUGUUUGAUACAUUUGAUCGACGUUGAAGCCAAUAACACGGCCGUGGUGAGCAAAAGCAAAUGCAAUGAGCAGGAUGACAAUAAGCUAUUAAUCACAUACAGAUGUCAGAUGAACACUACCAAGUUGGAAUUAAAAAUGUGGUCCCACGAAGGCGAUCAUGGGAUUCUGACCGUUUAUAUUACACCAUUAUUGCAACCUAAGAGCUGUCAAGUGUGUACAUUUCCCAUAAAACCGCUUUUGUACCAUCAGAGAACUUACAAAGAAAACAACUAUCAACCUCAUAGUUUUUUAACACUGACUGGUGGGUUCAGUCUUGCCGAAGCUCACGCGUGGAUUUCAAAUUGUUUUCCGGGCAUACCAGAUAAACCAGCUGCUCAAGAAAACGUAGAAUACACAUUUGUAUCUUCGUUAAUCGGUACAAUUUUACAUUGUACUUACAGCCGAGGUUCGAUAACCGUCAAGACAGAUAACAUAACGGCCAUAUCGAUUCUCAAGGACAAUUUCAGCAAAGAAGCGACCAGAAAAAAUAUCAUACUAGACAUGUCUUACGAUAUUUCUGAAAUCAGUCUGACAUCUGUAAUGACCGCCAUCGUAUCUAAACUCAAAGUGGACACAGAAAACGACCAUCGAUUGAAACUAGUUAACGCCAUGAAACAGUUGCCCGUCAAUGCCAAUUGCGGUGAUGAAACAUUAUCGGAAAACUAUUUGAAAAUGAUAGCCGACGAGGACAGAUUAAAGCAAGAAGUGUCUAAACGACCGUGUCGUCUACAACGUUUACGGGCACUAACUUUGUCAUUGUUCGACGACUGGCACAAGUUAAAGGGAUUAAACGUGAAAUCCGAUUCUAGAGCCAGCCUACAACACCUUUUACAGACUAGUAAUGCAUUGGAUUCGGCAAUUGAUUUGUUUAUUAUUUGAGACGGUUUUCCAUUAUAUGAUAUGUCAAAUUAUAUAUCAAUACCAUUAAAAAGUUUUUCUCGAUAGUUUAAACUAAAUUUAAUAUAAUAAUAAAAUAACCUCAACCUUACCUGCAGAACGAAUAAUCAGUGGUUAACAUUUGGGUUGGGACCCAAAAAACUUCCUGGCUAUUCCAUUUCCUAGAAUCAAUAUUAAUCUGUAGUCAUCUGUAGUCAAGAGUCAAAAGCUUGUACGUACAAAAAAUACAAUUUUAAGGUUUUACAUGUUAUGGGUAGUUAAAGAUGUACAAAUACAGUAUCUGUAGUUCUAAUAUCAAUGAGAUUUUCAAAAAUGUAUUAAAAUAAUCUGUGUAAUUUUCUUUUUGGAAACAUUAUUGUUAUUUAAUAUGUUAUUUUUACAAUAUUAUAAAAUUACUACAUAUUAGGUACUACAUUUACCUUUUUUUAGUAUUUUCCAAUAUAAGUUAAGAAUCAUUUUCUGAAUAAUUAGACUGGUCGAUAACCAGUUUUUGAUAAUUACUGAAGAAGUUUAACUUAAAUAUUAAAAGUUAAAAUUUAGACGGGAGGAAGGGUCGAGUGAAAUGUUAUUUCUGCCGGCACUACUCUACCACACUACACUUAAGUAAAAAUACUGAGCUGUAGAAAAUAAUAGAAAAGCCAAAAGGUAAAUGUUUUCAAAAAGAAAAAUAGUUAUUACUUUUCGAGAAAAUGAGUGUCUUAUUGAUCACCCUGUAUAGAAAAAUAGCUCUUUAACUUUCAUAACAAAAUCUAAUACAACGCAGUUGAUUGCGUCAGACUAUCACAGACUGCAUAAUUUUCAGUCCGUGAUGGCUAUAGACCAAAACAUUUUGUUAGGUAAUAUAGUAACAACAUUUAUACUUUAAUAGUAAUGCCUUGAUAAAGUAAACAUAAAACUUAUACGUGAAUUAGUUUUAGACCCUUAAAUGUUAUCCUUAUUAGUAUUAUCUUAAAUCAUUAAACUUUUUCAUUUCUAAUCUUGCUGAAUACUAGUUUUUACAAUUUACCAUUAGCACAUAACCAUUUAACCAGCAAAUAACAAUAUAAUUAAUAAAUAAUACUGGUCGAUAACUCUCUUGAAAACUCUCUAG